AUGAGAAUGAGUUGAGCGCACCGCGAGACGGGGAGUGCAACGACGCGGAGCGGGUUCUGAUGGCCCGCAGUCCCUUCGAGGUGCUCCAGAUUGAGCCCAGCGCCUUGGACGAGAAGCAGGUACGGACGCAGUACCGGAAGAUGGCGUUGAGAGUUCAUCCUGACAAGCAGUCUGAAGAUGCGGAGACCUUCAAGAAGGCUUUCGCGCGGCUGGACGCAGCCAAGGAAGCGUUGGAAAAUCUUUGCGGUGCCGACAAGGCGGCUGUAAGCGAGCUGCACCAGGUGCUGCAAGCUGAGGUGCAUACCAGAGAAGGUGCGGCGCAGCUGUUGGGCGUGGAUGGUGCGCCACUCACAGAGACAGAGCAGGUGGCAGAAGAAGCCGAGAAGUCCUUAAGAUUGGGGAUGAAAAAGCUGGAGAAGCUGGAGCACCUGCGAGAGCACGAGCAGGCGGCGGCUUCUCUGCGAGAGGCGGUGGAGACGUUGCGGCGCCCGGCCUCCCGGGAGGCACUGCCGCGGCAGGAGGCGCUGCGCCUGCAGCCCCUGGCCACCAGCCGUGCUCUGGGAGCCCGCGACAUGCGCUUCCCAGCACCAUUGGUCCUGAUGCGACCAGAGAGUGUGCGUUGGAAUGUGGAGCAGUCUUGCCGGGUGGCGUUGCUUUGCGGCGCCACUUCAGCCUUGACGGAUGAGCAGCUUUUGUCAAGCUCAGCCAGUUUCAAGCGCUCUCCAAAGGCGUCUGCAUUGCGCUGGUGCCAAGAGACGUCCGCGCCCUCGGUGGUGGCAGCCUGUCUUCGCUUCGAGGCUAAAGGAAGCAACGAAGGUCCAAAGAGACUGAAGCAGAGCCAGCCGGGAAGCAUUUUCCUGCGGCACAUACUGUUCAGGCACCAGCAGCUCCGGGUCAUGGACCCUGCUGCCCGGCGUGAUGGGGCAAGGAGUCCUGCAGAAGCUGAGGCCACCGCCCUGAAGGUGCUGCUCCAGCUCCAAGCUGAGCCCCAGGCCUUUGUGAGGCUUUGUCGGGAGCACUCGGACUGUGCUUCCGCAGAGCAGCCCGGCGCUCUCGCCGGGCACAUGGGCUGGGUGGCGCGCGGGGAGCAGGAGCCCAGCCUGGAGGAGGCUGCUUUUGCCCUGCAGCUCAACGAGCUCGGGGACCUGGUGGCCACCAGCCGGGGCGUCCACCUGGUGCAGCGCAUCGGCUAAAGG